AUCUUUGUUGAUGUGUCAGCUCCUCUGGGGUUCCUGGGAGAGCCUCGGUUUGAGAGCCGGGCGGCGGGGGGUGGGGAGACGGCGGCCGCGGUCUCCACGCGUGACUCCCGCGCCCGCUCCGUGUAGGCGUGACCGGGCCAUGGACGCGCUCGCCCCGGAGCCGGAGCUCCAGCGGCCUCGUUAAGGCGCGGCCCGGGGUCGGGCUACGGACGAUGUAGAUGAAGAUCAGGAGUGGAUUUGAAGAAAUGCAAAGUGAAUUGUUGCCAGUCAGCAUGUCUGAGACAGAGCACAUGGCCUCCAUUUCUUCUGAUGCAGAUCCUGGGAAAAGCCCUGAGCCAGAGGAAGACCCGGGCAACAAAUUAGAAACUGAAUCUGAACUACUGUCAUUGAACUCUGACAAAAUUUUAUGUCAACCUAAUGAACACAGUAGUCAAAUUGAACAAGAAAACUGUAUUCCAGACUGUGGUGGUGGUGAGAAUUCUUGUGCUAAAACAGACACGUGCUCAGAAAACUCUGAACAAGCAGAUGGCUUUCCUGCUGGGGACUUUGCAAAACAAGCAUCAAAAACAAGUGACCCGGAACCAACGAUGGUGACUCAGAUACUGGCAGAGUUAAGGUCGUCUGCAUUCACAGAGGCCAACAAUGCAAAGCCUUCCUCAGCAAGCCUCUACGAUACAGACUGUACCAGGAAACUCCUUUCUCAGAUAAAGACUGUUUCGGCAUCAGACGAUUUGUUGGGAGAAAUCGAGACUGAGCUCUUAUCUGCAGAGUUGACAGAGGAGCACCAAGUACCAAACGGAGUGAAUAAAGGAGAGCAGGCCUUAGCCCUGUUUGAGAAGUGUGUGCACGGCAAGUACUUGCAGCAGGAGCUCACUAUUAAAAAGUUAAUUAAAGAAAAUAAGAAUCAUCAGGAACUCAUCUUAAAUAUUUGCUCAGAAAAGGACAAUUUAAGAGAAGAACUGAAAAAAAGAACAGAAACAGAGAAGCAGCAUAUGAACACAAUUAAACAGUUAGAAUUAAGAAUAGAGGAACUGAAUAAAGAAGUUCAAGUUUCCCGCGAUCAGUUAGUAGCACAGGACGCCGCAGCUAAAAAUGCAAUUCAGCAAAUCCACAAAGAGAUGGCGCAGAGGAUGGACCAGGCUAAUAAGAAGUGUGAAGAGGCCCGCCAAGAGAAGGAAGUGAUGGUAAUGAAGUAUGUGAGAGGUGAGAAGGAGGCCCUAGAUCUUCGAAAAGAAAGAGAGACCCUUGAGAGAAAACUUAGAGAUGCAAAUAAGGAACUGGAGAAAAACACUAACAAAAUUAAGCAGCUGUCUCAGGAGAAAGGGCGGCUGCAGCAACUUUAUGAAUCAAAGGAAGGUGAAGCGUCUAGACUCCUCAGAGAAACAGACAAGUUAAAGGAGGAGAUCAGCUCUUACGUCAUUAAAGUAAAGUGGGCACAAAACAAGCUAAAGGCGGAAAUGGAUUCACACAAGGAAACCAAAGAUAAACUCAAAGAAACAGCUACAAAACUAACACAGGCAAAAGAAGAGGCUGAUCAGAUCCGGCAAAACUGUCAGGAUAUGAUAAAAACAUAUCAGGAAUCAGAAGAAAUCAAGUCAAAUGAGCUUGAUGCAAAGCUCAGAGUCACAAAAGGAGAACUUGAAAAACAAAUGCAAGAAAAGUCUGACCAGCUAGAGAUGCACCAUGCCAAGAUAAAGGAGCUGGAAGAUCUGAAGAGGACGUUUAAGGAGGGCAUGGAUGAGCUCCGGACACUGAGGACAAAGGCAAAAUGUCUAGAAGAUGAGCGCUUAAGGACUGAAGAUGAGUUGUCAAAAUACAGGGAAAUUAUCAAUCGUCAGAAAGCUGAGAUUCAGAAUUUACUGGACAGAGUGAAAGUGGCAGAUCAGGUACAGGAGCGGCUUCAAAGUGGUAAACAAGAAAUUGAACAUUUGAAGGAAGAAAUGGAAAGCCUUAAUUCUUUGAUUAAUGACCUACAGAAAGACAUCGAAGGCAGCAGGAAAAGGGAGUCCGAGCUCCUGCUGUUCACGGAAAAGCUCACUAGUAAGAAUGCACAGCUGCAGUCUGAGUCCAGCUCUCUGCAGUCACAAGUGGAUAGCCUCUCCUGCAGUGAGAGCCAGCUGCAAAGCCAGUGCCAGCAAAUGACACAGACCAACGCUAAUCUGGAGAGCAGGUUGCUCAGAGAGGAAGAGCUGCGGAAAGAGCAAGUCCAGAGCCUGCAGGCCAAGCUCUCCACGUCCCAGGCGGAAGUCAAAGCCCUGGGCACCCAGGUGGAGGAGCUGAAAGACGAGCUGGUGACGCAGAGGCGCAAGCUGGCCGCCAACGUCAAGGACCUGAGCAAGCAGCUCCAGCAAGCACGGAAAAAAUUAGACCAGACUGAGAAUGGAAACUAUGACAAAGAAGUUAGCAGCAUGGGAAGCCGCUCUAGUUCGUCAGGGUCACUUAAUGCUCGCAGCAGCGCUGAAGACCGAUCUCCAGAGAACACCAGCUCCUCGGUGGCCGUGGACAACUUCCCAGAAGUGGACAAGGCCAUGCUGAUUGAGAGGAUAGUGAGGCUGCAGAAAGCACAUGCCCGGAAGAACGAGAAGAUAGAGUUCAUGGAGGACCACGUCAAGCAACUGGUAGAGGAGAUAAGAAAGAAAACCAAAAUAAUUCAGAGUUACAUUUUACGAGAAGAGUCAGGCACACUUUCUUCGGAAGCAUCUGACUUUAACAAAGUGCACUUGAGUAGACGCGGUGGCAUCAUGGCAUCCUUAUACACAUCCCAUCCCGCUGACAGUGGGCUAACACUGGAGCUCUCUUUGGAAAUCAACCGAAAAUUACAGGCUGUUUUGGAAGAUACAUUGCUAAAAAAUAUUACUUUGAAGGAAAACCUGCAAACACUUGGAACAGAAAUAGAACGCCUUAUUAAACACCAGCAUGAACUGGAGCAGAGGACGAAGAAACCUAGCACAAAAGCUCUUGCCCAGUAGACAGACCAGCCACAGAGCAGCAGGUGCCACUGUCCGCUGUCCUGAAACAGCCCUUGCUUUGUGUCAACUAAUGAAUACUUGCUUUUCCUUCCCUGUGUAGAAGUGCCCUUUUCUGAGUGCAUUGGUGUGUGUGCCGUAACUGUGAGCCCAGUGAAGUGCAUUUCUUCGCGGUACAGUUCAGCCACCUUGUCACUGACUCAAUAUCUAAAGUGCUAAACGUUAGUACAAGGGUUAAAAACCUUUGCCGUAGUUCUUCCCUUGGUGAUUUCAGCCUUUGACAGGUAUUCGUGAAAAGACAGGUGUUCUCCAUCCAACCAUUCUUAUCUCUGCAACAUGAAAGGAAACCUAGAGAAAUCAUGAAGCUUUCUUGUUUUGAUCUGGACACAGUGAUCACCCUGUAGUUCUAGCUACUUCAAAGGCUAAGGAGGAUCUAGAGCUCAUGAGUUCAAAGCCAGCCAGGGCAACAUCUCAAAACCCCACCACAAUUAGCCUGAAUCACAGAGUAGCCCUGAGUUGUGGUAGGCAUAUGAAUACUUAAUUCUGAUUGUAAUGACAACGAGACAGGAAAGCUAGCUGCUGGUAACUAGCAGUGAUCAGGCACUAUUUGCGUCUGUCAGAAUUCCUUAUUUGUCAUAGUUACAUUUUCACAUUGGAAUUGUUGAAUGUUUUUAAACUAUGAUUUUUAAAAUGUGUAUACUUACAAAUUUCCUGUGGACUUGUAUUUUAGAACUAUGAGAUGAAUCCAGUCAUUAGAACAUAUAAAUGAAGACUUUGGAAAUGACAUGCUUUAGUUUUACUGACAUUGUAUAGACGUAAAUGUAACAAACAGGCUUAAGGCAGAGGUUCUCAACCUGUGGGUCAUGACCCUUUCACAAGGGGUCACACAUAGAUAUUUACAUUACAGCUCUUAACAAUGGCAAAAUUACACUUAUGAAGUAAUAACAAAAGAAGUUUGAUGGUUGGGGUCACCAGGACAUGAGGAACUGUAUUAAAGGAUCGUGGCAUCAGGAGGGGUGAGAAUCACUGAACUAAUGUGUUUAUGAAGACCCCCCAUUCCCAAGAAAAGCCAGCACUUAGCACUGUCAACUUUUAAUGUGGCCAUCUGUUCUUAAUUCUUGAUAGUUAAUUACAUAGCAUAAUGAAACACUGUUUCCUCAAACGUGAUGUUUCAGUAUAUUAUUUCAAACACAGUUAUAUCUUCAAAGCCAAAGGAACUUUGAGCCAGGUUGUUGUAUCUUGUUGGAUAUUUACAGUGUUUAAGAUGUAUACGUAAAUGUUGCCAAUCUCAGUACAGGUGUUUCUGUCAUCAGGUUCUGGUCUCAUCUAUCAGAACCUGAACACUGCAUUAUGUUCAUGCCUUCUGUGUCCUGGGAGACUCGGAGCCUGUUUGGCAAGCCUCUGCUUGUUUUGUGUUUGGACAUUUUUCUUCCUCUUAAGAACUUGAGCUUCUUUGAGGGUAGAUACCUUUAAAGGAUGGUGUGAACUCUAGCUGGGCAUAGUAACAUAUGCCACAGUCCCAGAGGUACAAGGAGAUUAAGGGCCAGCCUCAAGUACAAAGUGAGUUGGAGGCUAGCCUGGGCUACAUGAAACUCUGUUUUAUAAAUAGAAUUGUGUGGGCUCUAAAAAUUUGGAUCAUGUCAAUGCCCUUUUAAUGUGUUUUAUCAUUUCCUUAAAUCAACAUUGAUUAUAAAUGUAAUUUACUAAAUACUAGAUGUAAGUAUAGUAUCUUUUUGUGAUAUCUGUUGUUAUCUGAAAAAUGUCUUAGCUUCAGAGUGAAAAUGCAUUCAAAAGUUAUUUUUAAUAGUUUUAAAUAGUUGUAAAAAGUAUUAGUCAUAAUGUCUGCUCUUUUAUUAUUAAUAAUUUAUUAGAAUAAAAUAAGAGGGUAAGUGCAAUAAAUUCUGAAUUAUUUUCCCAAUUAUUCCUGAACAUACUGCAACACUCCAAAGAUCUACAUAGCAUAGACAGUGUAGUAGCUAUACUUUCCUGGUUCCUCAGGUGAUAGUGAUUGAUGAGUUACAGCGAUUGCGUUUUUUAAUUCCAAGACACAAACAUGCAUAACAGAGACCAAAUAGUGAUCUUGUCCACAGUAUCCGUACCUGUGCUCUUUAAAGUAUAUACACAUUUGGCACAGAUAUAUGUAUGCCAUGAUGUACUUGGAGAGCUUACUAAUGAAAAUUUAAAAACAUUAUUACGACAAGCCAUACUUUGAUCAUCCCACUGUCUGUGAGACUUCAAAACCUGGAAACAUCUUAUUUUCUUUUUUGUUUGACAUCUCCUGAGCCCUUGCAUACGUGGUCAGAAGUGAGCAAGAGUAUGCAUAAAAGUGUGUGUGUGUGUGUGUGUAAGAGAAAACGUUCUCGACUGAUGUAUAAACAGCUCCUACUGUAGAUCUCUGAGGUCUUCCUACUGAUUGAAUAUGUGUAGUAAAGAACCUGAGACCCCAGCAGGGAUUUGUUAUAUUUGCUCAUUGUUAGCUACAAAUAUAUCAAUCCUUUGGUAUCCUUGAACAAAGGGUGGGGGGUGGGUGGCAUUCGUGCCUCCUUUUUUCCCAUGCCACUUGGGAUUUUGAGUCUGUCUCAAAGAUUGAACAUGGUGAGUUUGGACAGAAUGAACAACUGUUGGUGGUUUGGUUUUGUUCUACCUAGCCAUUUAGAGUGACCUAAUAGACACCUUGUCAGGCACCCUACAGGUAUCAUGAUUAUCGCCUUCCACUCUUGGGACCUGUGGUCUCAUGACAGCAGCAGGACCAGUCUUCAGACUUCGCUCUCAAGCCAGCCCCUUCACUACUGGACUGAGAAGAAUUAGUGAACGUGUACAGCUCCAUGGCCCAGAGGUCCUGGCUGACCUGACGCUCUGACCUGGGGAGCAUUGGGAGCACAUGCAGGUCCCAUGGUGCCCCUGCAUAGCUCCUCACUCUGGAGGGAAACCAGGGAAACCGAAGACCAUAGCGAGAUGCUAGACCUUUACCAUUUAGGAAACGGCUUACUGGUGCCUGCUCGAUGUCCAGAAAUGAGUCCAAUCAUGUCCAAGUUCUCUUUUACAGGUUGUUGAUUAUUUUCUAAAUAUUUUCUAAAUAUUUUUACAAGAAAAUUUAGGCUAAAUCUGAAAAAAAAAAACGCAGAGAUUGUUAAUAAUGUAAAAGUGGUAUGUUGCCCCAUAAGGACAUUUCUUUAUAUGAAAAAUGUCAUUCGUGCCCGGGACUGUUGACUCUACUAAUCUCAAGGUGUGUUUUCAGUUCAUUUUCACGCUGAUGCUGUUACUCUCUAACACUCGUUGGUGGCACUAGUGACCUGAAAAUGGGGAAGGGUGCAGCCAAAGGUGAAUAAGAGAAAUAUUUGAAAAGCAAACUAUAUGAGGACUUAGUUGCAUAUGGAAAUGUAUGUCUCUUCUUGAAUGGACUCUGGAACCGCACACAGCUGUCCUUCAUGAUGUCUGCUAUCCUCCAUCCCCGAGUACGUGGGCAUCUGCACUGUAUAGGUGACCCCGGAUUACACUGUGCAUUCUGUAAAUACCCUGUAUAAAGUGAUGCUCCUCUGGGGAGUCUGUGUACAUUCUGUACUUAUUAAAUAUGCAAUGCCUGUUUACCAA